UGUGGCUUCCCGGGUGGUUGGAGGCGCGGGGUCCGUUGGGGAGCGGAAGCAAGUGGGAGCCCGUGAGGGGCUGUCUGUGGGUGCGGUGGCUUUGGAGUCGGUGCUGAAGGAUUGUGGGGGUCAGUGAUUACAGGUGUGUGGAGAUCCCGGUUUCCGCGUUCGUGGUCAGGGUUUGGUUUCUGUCUGUAGCGCCCGGUGACUGAAGACUAGGGAGGGGUGUGUUUUGUCAGUGAAAGUGCUUUCUGCUUCGGAUUCGGGUUUUACCCUGCGGCUCAAAGACGAGCUGGGGCGCACGGUCAGCGAUCCCUGGUGUGUCGGGAUUAUUCCGAUGGUCGGAGAGGUCCAGAUCACAAGUAGGCAGAGAGGGAGGCAGAGAGAGAGGGGGAAACAGGCUCCCUGCUGAGCAGAGAACCUGAUGCGGGGCUGGAUCCCAGGACCCUGGGAUCAUGACCUGAGCUGAAGGCAGAGGCUUUAAUCUACUGAGCCACCCAGGCGCCCCAAGACACAGGUCAGGCGUAGGCACGAUUCACGGCUGCAGGAGAGCGAGCCCGCCCCGCUUCUCCCUCCCACAAGCUUGAACUCAUGACCCCAAGAUCAAGAGUCACAAGUUCUCACUCAGCCCACCAGGGACCCCAAAAUGAGAUCAACUUUUAGAUGAAAUUCUAUAAUCAGCCAUCUGACUAUAAGCCCUUAGGUUCUACUGUAGGAGCAAGAUCCAACAAGUAAAGCGAAGAGGUGGGCUCAGGACCUGCGUAUGGUCAUUUGUGGGGACACCACUGACCAGACACCAAAAUUUCAGAAAUUGAGGGGAAUGAAUUCAAGAAGAAACUGAACACACAAGUCCCCUUUACUGACUGUUUUCCAGUAACAGAAGAAAAUGAUUAAGGACCAGGUAACUCUGACACUGGAGGAUGUGGCCGUAGACUUCACAUGGGAGGAGUGGCAGCUCCUGGCCCCUGCCCAGAAGAACCUGUAUCGGGACGUGAUGUUGGAGAAUUAUAGGAACCUGGUGUCAGUAGGGUAUAAGGCCAGCAAGCCGGAUGCACUCUCCAGAUGGGAACAAGGGGCACUAUGGACAACAGAAGAUGAAAUCCGCAGUCGAAUCUGUCCAGAGAUCAAGAAAGAUGAUGGUCAUCUACAGGGGCACUUGCAAAAUCAAAGAUGUCCAAAGAGAAUGGAACAAUGCCAUGAACAUAAUGCAUUCGGAAACAUCAUUCAUCAGAGUAAAAGUAAUUUUCCCUUAAGGCAAAAUCAUGAUAUCAUUGGCUUAGAUGAGAAAACACUGAAAUCAAAUGUAAGUUUAGUCAACCAGAACAGAGUCUAUGAAGUAAAGAAUCUCGUUGAGGUUAGUGGAGAUACAAAAUCCUUCUCCCAUACAAAGCAUGACCAGUAUUGUACUGAAAUUAAAUUUCCUGAAUGUGGGAAUUCUAUGAAUAAAAAUUCCCAAUUCAUCAAGCAUCAAAGAACUGACAAGGUAGAGAAACCCCAUGUAUGCAGUGAAUGUGGAAAAGGCUUCUUCAAGAGAUCUCGGCUCAUGGAUCAUCAGAGAGUUCACACGGGAGAGAAGCCUCAUGGGUGCAGCAUAUGCGGAAAAGCCUUUUCCAGAAAGUCCAGACUCACCGAACAUCAGAAAACUCAUGUAGGUGAGACGCGGUAUGAAUGCUCUGAAUGUGACAAAGCCUUCCCCAAGAAAUCCCGGCUAAUCAUGCAUCAGAAAACUCAUACAGGAGAGAAACCCUAUGUGUGCAGUGAGUGUGGAAAAGGCUUCGUCAAGAAGUCUCGGCUCAUAAACCAUCAGAGAGUUCACACAGGAGAGAAGCCUCACGGAUGCAGUCUGUGUGACAAAGCAUUCUCCAGAAAGUCCAGGCUCAUUGAACACCAAAGAACUCACACGGGAGAAAAGCCUUAUGAAUGCACUGAGUGUGACAAAACAUUCCGCUGGAAGUCACAGCUCAAUGCCCAUCAGAAGACUCAUACAGGAGAGAAAUCGUAUAUAUGCAGUGAUUGCGGAAAAGGCUUCAUUCAGAAGGGCAAUCUCAUUGUGCAUCAGCGAACGCAUACUGGGGAGAAGCCUUAUAUAUGCAGUGAAUGUGGGAAAGGUUUCAUUCAGAAGGGCAAUCUCCUUAUACAUCAGCGAACUCACACUGGAGAGAAACCCUACGUGUGUACCGAAUGUGGGAAAGGCUUUAGCCAGAAGACAUGCCUCAUAUCACAUCAGCGAUUUCAUACUGGAAAGACUCCCUUUGUGUGUACUGAGUGUGGAAAAUCCUGUUCACACAAGUCUGGUCUCAUUAACCACCAGAGAAUUCACACGGGAGAGAAACCCUAUACCUGCAGUGACUGUGGGAAGGCUUUUAGAGAUAAGUCGUGCCUUAAUCGACACCGGAGAACUCAUACAGGAGAGAGGCCCUAUGGAUGUGCUGACUGUGGGAAGGCUUUCUCUCACCUGUCCUGCCUGGUUUACCAUAAGGGAAUGCUGCAUGCAAGGGAGAAAGGUACACGUUCAGUCGCACUGGAGAAUCCCUUCGCAGAGAGCCACAGCUCAUCGCUUUCAAAUGACAGCAGGCAGGAGAAGGACCCUGUUAACACAGUGUCCGUGCAAAUGCCUACUGUAGCAGCUCAGACUUCCUUGCAUCUUCGUGGACUCCUAACAGAUGGGAACAUGGCCACUGUGGGACAUCCAGGUGCCAGAUGCGCACCGUCAGCAGAUAACAGAAUUUACACAGAGAAACCUUUUGAAUGCAGUGAAUGCGGUAGUGCCCUCACUGAUCAGUUGUGUCAUAUUUUAUGUCACGAAAAGCACGCUGAAAUAAAAUGUGAUACGAUCAAGGUGGAAAACCCUUGACUAAAA